ACAAUAUUAAUAUAUAACUUCUUCGAUCUCCACACAACUUAAUAAACCAAGAAUAAAAUUGCUCUAAACUGAUUCGACAAUGGAUCAAAGUCAUGAACAAAUCAACUCUAAACACACCAUUGAACCACAUGUACUUAUGUUCCCCAUACCAUUUCAAGGCCCGGUUAACUGUUUCCUUAAGUUAGCCGAGCUCCUAUGUCUUUCGGGCAUCCAUGUCACCUUCCUCAACACCCAACACAUCCACCGCCCUCUCCUCCGCCACACCGAGGUGCUGUCCCGGUUCAGCCGCUACCCCAACUUCAGAUUCGAGACAAUUCCUGAUGGAGUUGAGCAUGAAACACCAGUCUCUGUAGACCGGUUCUUGGAGGUGAUGGCUGGUGUGGAUGUGGUUACUAAACCUCUAUUCCGGGAGAUGAUGGUUUCGGGUAGGUUUAGUUGGGAAUCGGAAAGGCCAGUGACUGUGAUGAUACCGGAUGCUUACUUCAGUUUUGCGGUGGAUGUAGCGAAAGAGGCGUCGGUUCCGGUGAUAUGCUUCGAGACCGUGAGUCCAUGCUGCUUGUGGACUUCGUACUUGAAUCUUCCUACUCUUAUUGAAGCUGGAGAUGUCCCCUUCAAAGGAAAUGAUUUAGACGAGUUGAUAACAAGCAUUCCAGGAACAGAACAAAUUAUUCGACGACGGGACCUUGCUAGCCAGUGUCGUUCCACCGACAUGUCGAGCCAGUCGAUUGAACUCAUCGUCAAAGAAGCUCAUGCGGUUCCUGAAGCUCAAGGUCUCAUACUCAAUACAUUUGAAGAGUUAGAUAGUCUAAUACUCAAACACAUGCGAAAACUUUGUCCAAAUAUUUACACCAUAGGCCCCCUACACACUCUUCACAAAGCUCAACUUACGGCUAACACAAACCCAUUGCAAGAAAACAACUUCUCUAACAGUGUUUGGAAGGAAGAUCGAACCUGCAUGUCAUGGCUCGAUGAACACGAUCCAAAAACCGUUCUUUAUAUUAGCAUCGGGAGUCUUGCGACCAUGACAAUUGACCAACUAGUUGAAAUAUGGUAUGGUGUGAUUAAUAGUGGAACACCCUUUUUGUGGGUGAGACGGCCUGGGUCGAUCAUUGGUGGGUAUGACGAGUCGCAGGUUCCAGAUGAGCUACUAGCACGUACAAAAGAAAUCGGGUGUAUAGUAGAAUGGGCCCCACAAGAAGAUGUACUUGCACAUCCGGCCAUUGGUGGGUUUCUGACACAUAGUGGAUGGAACUCGACUAUGGAGAGUAUAACGCAAGGUAUCCCCAUGGUUUGUUGGCCAAACUUUGUGGACCAACAAGUGAAUAGUCGAUUUGUGGAAGAGGUAUGGAAAGUGGGAGUAGACAUAAAAGAUACAUGUGAUCGGUUGCAAGUUGAAAAGGCAGUUAGGGAUAUUAUGGACUCGAAACGUAAUGUAUAUACACAAUCUGCUAAUACUUGGGCAAAUUUGGCUAAAGAGUCGAUAACUAAGACAGGGUCGUCAUCUAUUCAUUUGGCUCGGUUGAUUGAUGAUAUUUUAGCAAUGAGCUUGACCCAACCCUAAAGUAUGUGGACUCAUGUACUGGAAUCGUGUUUGUGAGCUAGACUAUGCUUGCUUUAGAUUGCAUGUAAAGUGCUUAAAUAAGUUAUCUAGACAUUGGAGGACGUACGAAAUAAAUUUGUCAUUAAACGUUUUUCUAAUAAAAGUAAAAUAUUUGUAUAUAAA